AGGUAAGACAGAAUCACGGAAGUGAGCAUUUCCACAUGCAAGGAGUAGCUAGGGCUUUUUCUGUGGAACAACAUGUCUAUGGCUGAAUUUGAAAAGGCUGCCGAUGCGGUGAGCAGGCUGACCGUACAACCUAGCUACGCUGAACUAGCAGUAAUAUAUGGUUUGUACAAGCAGGCGACACUUGGCAACAUCAACACGGAGCGUCCGGGAAUAUUUGACUUCCAAGGAAAAUCUAAAUGGGAUGGUUGGAAAGCACAGGAAGGAAAGUCUAAAGAAGAUGCCAUAAAAGAAUACAUUGCCUUUGUGGAAGAAAUGAAAGCAAAGUAUCCAAUGUAGAGGUUCUUUAGGACAUUUGUGCUCUUUUUUUUUCAUUUUUAGAAGCAUUUUACAAUUAAGCAAUAAUGCCUGAGGGGGUGUGGUAUUAUGGCCUCCGCUUUGCGUUGUGCCUAAGAACAGCCCUUAGCCAUGGUAUAUUGGUCAUAUACCACAAAUCCCAGAGGUGCCUUAUUGCUAUUAUAAACUGGUUACCAAUGUAAACAUUACAGUAAAAAUAAAAUGCUUUGUCAUAUCCGUGGUAUAAGAUCUGAUAUACCAUGGUUGUCAGCCGAUCAGGACUCGAACCACACAGUUUAUAAUAGGUUACAAUGAACAAGAAGAAAAGGGACCAAAUCUGAGAUUUUACAUGGGUAAAGUGUUUAGAGAUAACCAAGAUGACUGGUCUAACCAACGCUCACCAGCAAUUUGCUUA